GGUCCUCGGGGCCCUAGCGGGAGGAAGUGGAGCUGUCUGUCGGUUCCGCGCUUGUCGGCCUCUCAACGUGGAGCCAUGGGAGGCUUGGAGAAGAAGAAGUAUGAACGAGGCUCUGCCACCAACUACAUCAGUCGAAACAAAGCCCGGAAGAAACUGCAGCUAAGCUUGCCUGACUUCAGGCGAUUAUGUAUCCUGAAGGGCAUUUAUCCCCAUGAGCCCAAACAUAAGAAGAAAGUUAACAAGGGCUCCACAGCAGCCCGAACUUUUUACCUUAUCAAAGACAUCAAGUUUCUCCUUCAUGAACCCAUUGUCAACAAGUUCCGGGAAUACAAGGUAUUUGUUCGGAGGCUUCGGAAAGCCUAUGGGAAGAGCGAGUGGAACACUGUAGAGCGCUUAAAGGACAAUAAGCCCAGUUAUAAACUUGACCAUAUCAUCAAGGAGCGGUACCCCACAUUCAUCGAUGCUCUGCGGGACCUGGAUGAUGCCCUAUGCAUGUGCUUCCUCUUUUCUACCUUCCCACGAACAGGCAAGUGCCAUGUGCAGACCAUUCAACUAUGCCGCCGGCUUACUGUAGAAUUCCUGCACUAUAUCAUCACUGCCCGUGCUCUGCGCAAGGUCUUCCUGUCCAUCAAAGGCAUUUACUACCAGGCUGAAGUGCUGGGGCAGCCCAUCGUGUGGAUCACACCCUAUGCCUUCUCCCAUGAUCACCCAACAGAUGUGGACUACAGAGUCAUGGCCACCUUCACUGAGUUCUACACCACCUUGUUGGGCUUUGUCAACUUCCGCCUCUAUCAGUCCCUCAACCUCCACUAUCCCCCAAAGCUCGAGGGUCAGGCCCAAGCAGAGAUGAAGGACAGUGAGGGCGUCUAUGCAUUGGACUCUGAGAGCUCUAUGGAGAAACUAGCAGCCCUCAGUGCCAGCCUAGCCCGUGUGGUGGUACCUGCCACAGAGGAGGAGGCUGAAGUGGAUGAAUUUCCUGCUGAUGGGGAGAUGGCAGUGCAGGAAGAGGAUCGCAGGAAGGAGCUGGAGGCACAGGAAAAGCACAAGAAGCUCUUCGAGGGCCUAAAAUUCUUCCUGAAUCGUGAGGUACCCCGUGAGGCUCUGGCCUUCAUCAUCAGGAGUUUUGGGGGGGACGUGUCCUGGGACAAGUCUCUGUGCAUUGGAGCCACCUAUGAUGUCACAGACUCCUGCAUUACCCAUCAGAUUGUUGAUCGACCUGGACAGCAAACCCCUGUCAUUGGCAGGUACUACAUACAGCCACAGUGGGUGUUUGACUGUGUGAAUGCCCGACUCCUCCUCCCUGUGGCAGAAUACUUCCCUGGGGUGCAGCUGCCCCCACACCUUUCACCUUUCGUGUCUGAGAAGGAAGGAGAUUACAUCCCACCUGAGAAGCUUAAGCUGCUGGCUUUGCAGCGGGGAGAGGACCCAGGAAACUUGGAAGAGUCUGAAGAGGAAGAAGAGGAGGAGGAAGAAGACAUUGAAGGUGAUGGCAAUGAAGGGGGAGAAAAUGAAGAGGAGGAGGAAGAUGCGGAGGCUGCUUCAGAAAAGGAGGAAGAGGCCCAUCUGGCAGCCCUGGAGGACAAGAGGAUGGAGGCAAAGAAGCCCAAGGUGAUGGCAGGCACUGUGAAACUGGAAGAUAAGCAACGACUGGCCCAAGAGGAGGAAAGUGAAGCCAAGCGUCUGGCUAUUAUGAUGAUGAAAAAGCGGGAGAAGUACCUUUACCAAAAGAUCAUGUUCGGCAAGAGGCGCAAAAUCCGAGAGGCUAACAAACUGGCAGAGAAGCGGAAAGCCCACGACGAGGCUGUAAGGUCUGAGAAGAAGGCCAAGAAGGCGAGGCCUGUUUGAGUGCCAAUGGAGGCCAUGUUCUGGCAGCUGGAGAAGACAGUGACAGGCCAAGGGACCGCUUUUUAUUCCCUUCCUUCUCCCUGACAGCUCUGGUGUCUUUUCACUCUGACAGGGUUUAUGGGCAGCCCUGGCCUCCUUUCUGCUGGUGGCUGGGCAGAGAGAGGUUCUAGAGCCUGAUCGGCCCUUCACUUGCUGCCUCUGUUUUCCUUGGCAACCCCCACCAUAUGUCGACCUGUGAUUCUCAGAGUGCUGUGAUAGGGUGAAGAUGGGGGAACUUUUGUUAUUUUGUUAUUAAACACUGAACUUCGGCAAUCAA